AGACCGCUAGGGUUUCAGAGCAACUGGAAAAUGUUCCGUCUGUUCAUGAUAAAGUUGAGAAAAUACUCUGAUUCACUGAGUGAGGAGCAACAAACGCUGCACUUGCGGAUAGCGUGUGGCAGGAAAUGCGCAUGCGCGUGGGUGUAGAUGGUGCGCACGCGCACUCGGCAGAAGGGGACGGAGUGACAAGUCGUGGCGUGCUGAGUGCGCGAGCUGAGGGAGAAGGUGACUCGCGCCGCGGCGGAUUAAUACAAGCGCGCGCUGACUGGAACGCGGGGCUCGGCUCGGUUCGGUUCGGCUCGGUCCGGCUCGGCUCGCGGCAGCGGGUCGGUGGGGUUUACAGCGCGGCAACGGCAACUGGGCAGCAGCAGGGAAGCCUCCGGUCCGGCUUGGAGUUAGCAGUCGAGGCUAACAGGCUAACAAACAUCACAAGAGGGGAAAUAAGAACAAUCUAGAAAAGGAGAGAAUAAAAGCAGUGAGCGGAGCCGGUGCAGUGAGCUUCAGUUUGUUGCGUGGAGCGUGCGCGCGUGUGUGGAACAGGUGCUGUGCACCUCACAACCAAAAGAACAGAUUUGUGUCUGUGUAGGUGGCGGGGAAAUGAGUGGGCGGCGGGGGGGCCGUGGGGGGCCGGAGCCCCCCAUGCUGCGACGGCUGAUUGAGCUUCCUGCUCCAGUUCUGACCCGGCACCAACUGAAGCGUCUGGAAGAACACCGCUACAGCAGUGCAGGAAAAUCACUGCUCGAACCCAUAAUGCAGUGCUACUGGGAGUGGCUGGUGGGCUGCAUGCCCCCGUGGAUCGCACCCAACCUCAUCACCAUCAUCGGCCUCGCCACUAAUGCCUUCACCACACUCGUGCUCGUCUAUUACUGUCCCACUGCCACUGAACAGGCACCGUUGUGGGCGUACCUGCUGUGUGCAGUGGGUCUGUUUGUGUAUCAGUCUCUGGAUGCGAUCGAUGGGAAACAGGCCCGGCGCACUAACAGCUCUUCACCACUAGGGGAGCUGUUUGAUCACGGCUGUGAUUCAUUGUCCACUGUGUUUGUGGUGUUGGGUACGAGUAUCGCAGUUCAGUUGGGGACAAAUCCAGACUGGAUGUUCUUCUGCUGUUUUGCGGGAAUGUUUAUGUUUUAUUGUGCUCACUGGCAGACCUACGUCUCUGGAACGCUGCGAUUUGGCAUUAUUGAUGUGACUGAGGUGCAGAUCUUCAUUAUGGUGAUGUAUUUGCUGGCCGCAGUGGGCGGAUCUGCUUUCUGGCAGGCUCUGAUCCCAGUAUUAAACAUCCAGAUGAAGAUUAUACCAGCACUCUGUACGUUCAUUGGUGCCAUGAUUUGCUGUACUAAUUAUUUUCGAGUCAUUUUCACAGGAGGAGUCGGAAAAAAUGGGUCCACCAUUGCAGGGACGAGUGUGUUAUCACCAGUCCUGCACAUUGGCUCUGUUAUACUGCUCGCUAUGAUGAUCUAUAAAAAGUCCGCAAUCCAGCUGUUUGAGAAUCACCCCUGUCUGUACAUCCUUGCCUUCGGCUUCGUCUCCGCCAAAAUCACCAACAAACUUGUGGUUGCACACAUGACAAAAAGUGAAAUGCAUCUUCACGAUGUGGCGUUUUUGGGUCCUGGACUUUUGUUUCUCAAUCAGUAUUUUAACAGUUUUAUAGACGAGUAUGUGGUGCUGUGGAUCGCACUGGUGUUGUCCCUGUUUGAUCUGGUGCGUUACUGUCCUUCAGCUGGUGGUGAUGAUGAUCACCGCUCCGAGAUCAUCCUGGGUGACACGCCUGUUCUGUCCUCCACGUACACACAGUGACCCCAGUAACACACACUGAAUACAGUAUUGCGAUAUCUCUCAUCACUCUGACGAUGGGCGCGUGCCUCGCGGUCUCCUCAUGCUCCCAGUGUUGCAUGCGCUGGUUGUUUAUUGUUCUUUUUAACCCUUCAUAUCACAGAUUUAAUUUAAAUGUAAAACUAUUUGAAUUAAGUCCAAACGAAUGAUGGCUGCUGCUACAGAUGUAUUCAGUUAUUUGUAAAUCCAUCAUUAUAUAUUUUAUUUUAUUCUGUUAAAACAGGCAUCAUCUCGUGUGUGUGUGUGUGUGUGUGUGUAUAAGCAAAGUUUAUUUCAGACUUCAGCCAAAACAUGAACUGUACACGGUGUCCCUGAUGAUUUCCGCUCACUUUGACCCCAGACCGCUCCGUGUUAAACUCGAGGCUGUGCGCUGACGUGACGGGGUCGGUCUCGUCGCUCCGGCGCAGGACUAAAGAACCGAACCUCACACACUGAACACGUCUCCGCUGAUGGACAGACUGUCUAGUGUGCAGAGGACGUGUCAGUCAAACCGUUUUAUUGAUGACGCUCACCUGCUCGAACGUCAGUGCAGUUAAAAAGCUUUUCGUCUCGUUUAAUUCUCUCCGAACUGAUCAGCUUUCUGUUUGUUUUUCUGCUGCAUGUAAACUGGUCAUGCAUUAACACUCAAAUUAACCACUUUUUAAAUUGUUCUUUUUGCCCACUUUCUAUUUUUCUGAAUUAAAAGCUUUUUUACUUAUUCAGAAUAUAUUUCGCCCCCGCUCAUUUUUUUUUUAAAUAUUUUGAAUUAAACAUCUUCCAUUAUUAUCUAAAGUAAAUGUAAUUUGCUCCUAUUUUCCCUUAAUUUUAUUCCUUUUGUUUUUCUAAAUGUAAUAUCUAAUUUGCAUUUUCUGAAUAAUUUCUUCCUAAUUUAUUUUCUAAAGUAGUUUUCCUGAUUCAGUCCAAUUAUUUGGAUUUUUAAAUCCUCUCAAAUUAAAUGCUUUUUCUCUGGGGAAUGUUCCUGUAGAACUCGGACACACUGACGGACAUUUAAAAUCCAUCACUGACAUCCACAUUUUACACAAAUUCAUGAUCACCCAUUGUUACUGAACGUGUGUGUGUGUGUGUGUGUGUGUGUUAUUCUCACACACACAUCAGCUAUCAUUUUCUGUUAUUUUAACACAUGGAUUAUUGUAAAAAUGUUUUAUGUUGCUUUUGCAUUCUGUGCCUGAAAGAGUGUGUGUGUGUGUGUGUGUGAGCAUUCGAUCUGCCUCAAAUGUUAAAUGGAAUUAAUAAUAAAUUAAUUUAAAAUUAGAA